GCACACAGAUCAUCAUCAUCAUCAUCGUCAAACUCAUUUAUAGUGAACAUGUGGUCUCUCCCUAGAUAUAUAAAGCUACCAGUUUCGUGUAACAUUUAAAAUAAAACCAACUUUAUUCUUAUUUAAUGUCUACUAAUAUUGUUGAUCAAGUAAGAAUGUCACUUUCCUUAUUUUACUUUAUCCAAUCCUAAUAAUGUAGGAUACUCCGCCAUAUGUGCAUUCCCAUAUUAAUAUAGUUGAGAACCUCUCGUGGGGAAUUUGUCAAGGAUUUCACUUCUGAUCUUAGAAAACUGAAAUGGGUUUCACUGGGGAGUUGGUAAGAAGUGUCUUCUCCAAAAAUCGUUCUGAUGGGUCGCAUGAAAGCAAAGUGAGGCGCAAUAGUGCUGAGAAUAGAAGAUGGUUAUCUGUUAGGUCAUACUUGUGUGGAGAUGAAUUCAAUUCAGUCCUUGCAGAGAAAGAUAUAGAUUCAGUUAAGAGCUUUGAGGUAACUGUUUCACAGUCCGUACAGGAGGACUUGAAUGAUAAAGGAGACACUGAGAGUGAAGAAACUGUGGAGAAUGUAACACAGAAAAGGCCAAAUUCAAACUCCAAACAAUUGAAUGAGGAAGAAGCAGCCAUUCUUAUUCAAUCAGCAUACAGAGGCUUCCUGUUGAGGCGUCAAAAUGGAGAAAUAACAUCAAAAUCUGGAAAAGAUGAGUUCAAUUUAGUAACAGAAAGUCCAGACAGAAAGUCCAUGGGCACAUCUAUUGAAGUCCAAACCGCGAACUCCAUAGAAGUUUUUUCGGUUGAAGGAGAACAAAAAGGCAUUUGCCAACGCGUUCAGCGCAGGACCAGAACUCAAGUAAUAAAGCAAAAGGAAGACUGGGAUGACAGCACUGUAAGUAGCUAUGUUUCGAAAAUGAGGAUGCAGAAUAGAAUGGAAGCAUCAACCAGGAGGGAAAGAACACUGGCUUAUGCUUUCUCACAACAGCUAAGAAUCUGUUCAAAGAGAAGAUCUCCAAAAUUUAACAGCAUGGAAGCAAAUAUGAGUUGGAGUUGGCUUGAACGGUGGAUGGCAACACGCCUUCCAGAGACCUCAUCAGUUGAAAGCCAUGCCAUGAAGCAAUAUGACCCUCCUAACAAUAACAAUAAAUUCACAAUCAUGACAAGAUUUUUAGAUGCUGCUGCUGGGGAGGAAAAGGAGAGUUGCGGGUCAAACGAAGUGCCCCUUCAUUUUGACAACUAUUCAAUCAAUUCACCAGAAGAAAAAAUUAGCUUCAAACCACAUACUGCAAAGACCAAUUUCAAACCAAGGAGAACAGUUUCAAAAAGGAAAACAGUGCCAAGUUAUCAGUUCCAUGAAGAGCAGCCAAAGGAAAGCAAGAGAGAUGGUUCGGGCAAUGCUUGCAAGGAUAUUAAGCCAAAGCAAAAGCAAGUAGGAAGCAGGACAUAAACUACAUUAAGCACCUCGAAAGCUUCUAAUAUAUGUGUAACUUGUAACAAAAUAAAUUUUAUGUGUCUAGUAUUGAGAUGUAAUGGUUGGAUUCUCUUGUAGAUUCUUGAUUCCAUAAUCUUAUGCGUACAUUGUACAUAAUAUCAAGUGCAUGAUUGAGAUGGUUGUUGAUCUGAUUGUUUGCAAAUUCAUCCAUUAUUAAGCUGUAAAAUCAGCGCAA